AUGAGCAUCGCAUCAAAGUCUCGGUUUAUCUUCCUAAUCAGCUCGUCAAUGCUCGCCAUCUUAGCCAUCUCCAUCAUCACUGCUUGUUUAUUCUCAGUUAGUUUUCGAUUCAUAACGGAUCAUGAGCAUUUAAAAGGCACUCGUUACUAUGGUUUAAUACGGUACUGUUUUGAGCCUGAGUUCGGCGUUUAUGGCACAGACGAUUCUUAUGCUGAUGUAUGUUAUCUACGUUCGGCUGCACCCAGGUAUGCUACCAAAAUCGAAUACAAAUCACAAUAUGGAGACUUUGAAUUGGCCACGCUAAUACUGCUGUCAUGUGCGAUAGCAAGUAGCCUGUUAGCUAUUUGCUUCGCAAUAUGCACCAUCUUCACUCCAUUUGGCGCUCUUGCCCAUUGCGUUAUGUUACUUUCAGCAACUAUCUGCUCAAUCUCAGCAUUCAUAGUUUAUACGUAUUUCAACGAGCUGAAAGAUAACCAGAACGAAACUGUGAACGGGAACAUUAUUCGG